AUGCAUCAUUUAGGAGACCGCAGUUUGUCCAAUGAACAACCCUCACGGCCCCCCACUUGUUUCCUCAGCAUCUGCAACCGAGGCUCUUAACCAUUUCAGAUUUUAGAAUAUUUAAUUGUUCACCUUCGGAAUGAAAAGGAAGAACAGCUAGAAGAAUUUCCUGCACAUAAAGGGACACUUGUGAUUUCUCUAGACAUAGAAGAUUCUGUCCAACAUGUGGAUCAGUCCUACUGUGCAAUUUUCUAUGAGAAGCCUGGAGUUCUCGAAGAGGAUUGUUUAGCAAUGAAACGGUUCAUGCACAGGAUCAGCCUUGUGCACGCAACGAUCAAAUUUCAUUACUGUGUAAAAGUGAACGGCUUCAUUUCUGCAGAGACCUAUAGCACAGAAAGGAGAGCGAGCACAGGUUUGCCAGAUGGGACAAGGCUACUCAGUGAUGGGAGUCAUUUUGUGCGGACAGUAUCCACAGAAAUGAAGAGGUCUUGUGAGAAAAUCCACCCUAUGAGUGGUGAGCCAGUUGGUCUCUUCAUUCCGAGCACGGUAGCCGAAAGAGGUUUCAGCGGAGAUGUGAGACUCAUGCCUGUUGUGUCCCUGUGUCCCUGUCAGAAACAAUUCCCUAACCAGCCAGUGAAGAUAACUGCUCUCUCUCCAGCAAUAUAUGUAUUUCUUUAUGACCCAGCAGGCCUGCCUAUGCUGCUUCCCUCAACAGAAGCAUCACAUUCUUUUUUUGAAGAUCCUUCACAUUUAGCAGCAUGGGAGAAAUAUGGUUACCAAGCAAUAUUAAAGUCAGAUCCAUAUUGGGAAGAGGAUACAGCAAGACCUGAUGUCAAAUACAAGCUUCACACCAGCCACAAACAGAGGCCAGAAUCGGAGGAACAGAUGUUGCUGCUCUUCCUUUUUCUCAGUUAUUCUGAUCCAUUUCAGGACAAACCAGCCUAUAAUUUCUGGGAUCGGCGAGUGAUCCUAUCUCACAUGAAUACUAUUCUCACAUUCAGCGAGCAGGCUGUAAAGGGCACUAUCCAAGGAGUUCUCAAUAGGGUCCUAGAACAGCACCACAAAUUAACUCAGGAACAGCAGAAACUGGCGAGUUCUUUGUCCAUCAUGACAGAGGCCAUUUCCACCAUUGUUUCAAGCAGCACUGACAGUGAAUUUAGAAGGAGGUGUUUCCAAGGUUUGCAGGUUGCAGAUACCCAGCAGUUCUUGUCAACAGCUGAAAAGACCUUCAGCAAAGUCAUUCUUCAACGAUGGAGGCCCAGCAGCACAUGUGACAUCAGAACAGCAAGUUUUUCUGCUCCUGCUGUCCAUUCUUAUAUUGACUCCUUGUCUUAUCCACAUAAGAUGCAGACAGACUAA